AUUUCCCCUGAGCCCAUUUCCGGUGUGGGAGAGCGGGAGCGCCUUGGGCCUGCCCUGAAUGGGGGAAGAAGCCUCUGCCAGCCCUUGAGGAGGCUGUUGUGUGGCUCUCUGAGAAGGAGUGGAGUGCCCUGGUGGGCUUGGUGUGUAGAAGAUACAGUGGAGACUGGUGAGAACAUGGCACCCAGAAAUCGGCAGAAGAAACAGAAGAAGCCAGCUGUAACAAAGCCUGGUGCGGAAAAACAGGUGUCUGGAAAGCAAAAGAGAACGAAAACAGGGGAGAAACCAUAUAAAUGCAUGGAAUGUGGAAAGGGCUUCAGUCAGAAAGGAAAUCUACAGGUGCAUCAAAGAACCCACACAGGAGAGAAGCCAUACAGAUGUAUGGAAUGUGAAAGGAGCUUCAGUUGCGGUGGAAGUCUACGUGUGCACCAAAGAACUCACACAGGAGAUAAACCCUAUGAAUGCAUGGAAUGUGGAAAGAGCUUCAGUGAUAGAGGAGGAUAUAAUCGACAUCAAAGGAUUCACUCAGGUGAGAAGCCCUACAAAUGCAUAGAAUGCGAUAAAACCUUCAGGUGCUGUUCAGGUCUACUGACACAUCAAAACACUCACAGAGGAGAGAAACCAUACAAAUGCAUGGUGUGUGGAAAGCAUUUCAGUAAGACUGAUAAUCUGCGCGUACAUGAAAGAAUGCAUUCUGGAGACAAACCCUAUAAGUGCACAGAAUGUGGAAAGAGCUACAGUCACAGGACAAAUCUACGUGUCCAUGAAAGGACACACACAGGGGAGAGACCAUACAAAUGCACAGAAUGUGGAAUGGGCUUCUGUGAUAAAGGCACAUGUAAUAAUCAUCUAAUGACCCACACAGAGGAGAAACCAUAUGAAUGCAUGGAAUGUGGAAAGAGUUUCCGUCGCAGUGCAAAUCUACGUACGCAUCAAAGAACUCACACAGGGGUGAAACCGCAUGAAUGCAUGGAAUGUGGAAAGAGUUUCAGUCGCAGUGCAAAUCUACGUACGCAUCAAAGAACCCACACAGGGGAGAAACCUUAUGAAUGCAUGGAGUGUGGAAAGAGCUUCAGUUGCAGUGGAAGUUUACAUUCCCAUCAAAGAAUCCACACAGGAGAAAAACCAUAUCAAUGCCUGGAAUGUGGAAAGAGUUUCAGGGAGAGACGAGAUUUGAAUGCCCAUCAUAUGAUCCACACAGGGGAAAAACCAUAUAAAUGCAUGGAAUGUGGAAAGGCCUUCAGCAGAGGUGGAGAUUUAUGUGCCCAUCAUAAGACCCACACAGGAGAGAAGCCAUAUCAAUGCCUGGAAUGUGGAAAGAGCUUCAGGGACAGACGAGAUUUGCAAACUCAUCAUAGGACCCACACAGGGGAAAAACCAUAUAAAUGCAUGGAAUGUGGAAAGAGCUUCAGGGACAGCAGACAUUUACAUGCCCAUCGUAAGACCCACACCAGAAAAACCACAUAAAUGCAUGGAAUGUGGAAAGGCCUUCAACAGAAGUUGCUCAUAUAAUAAAUAUCUAAGGGCUCACAUGGGUGAGACCAUGUG